AUGCGGCUGAAAAAGAAGCGGCCCCUCGAGGUGGUGACGCAGUACGGGACCGUCGAGGGAUUCCGCGUCAAAGUCGAUGAAACAGAAGCGGACGUCUUUCUCGGCGUCCCCUACGCCAAGCCGCCACUCGGCGAAUUGCGAUUUCGGCGUCCCCAACCCCCAGAUCGUUGGCCGGGCGUGUUGAAGUGUGUGAAAUACAAAGAGCGCUCCAUCCAGAAAAGCCACUUCAUCGAGCGCCUUCUCAUGAAUCGCUGCUCGGAGGACUGCCUCUACCUGAACAUCUUCACCCCGAAAAUCGAGGACGACAAGAUUCUCCAAAAAUACCCGGUGUUCUUCUACAUCCACGGCGGCGGGUUCAUGAUGGACACGCCGGCGCGGUACGACGUCGCCAAGCUGUGCAGACAGUUCGUCUCGCGUGACGUGAUCCUCGUCACGAUCCAGUAUCGCCUCGGCUUUCUCGGCUUCUUCUCCACCGGCGAUUCGGCUUGUCCGGGCAACAUGGGCAUGUUCGACCAGGUGCUAGCCCUCGACUGGGUCCGCAACAACAUCGAGGCGUUCGGAGGCGACCCGAAGGCGAUGACGGUGGGCGGUCAAAGUGCGGGCGCCGUAUCCGCCGAUCUGCUCAGCAUCUCACCGUAUACCCGGGGCAAAUUCCAGCGAAAGAUGUGCCUGGGCGGCUCGUCAUUUUGCCAUUGGGCCGUCGUCAAGCGCGAGAUGAUCGUUGAAUAUUGCCGCAAAAAGGCGGAGCAGCUGGGAUGGCCCAAACGGCCCGGAGAUCAACUAACCCUCAACGACAACGACGCGAUGAUGGACUGGCUGAGGACGCUGCCCGCUGCGUGCGUCUUCGAGGAGGGCCGAUUGCCACUGGGACCCGUCUACGACGGGGAUUUCCUGCCGAAAAACGUGCGCUAUCUACGGGAUCGUGGGCCGUCGAUGAGGAGUCUUGUCGGCGUCGGGCAGUACGAAGCACUGGCUUUUGCCCCGCUCGGCCGGCUGAAAUGCGACGAGGAGGACAUCAGACGGAUGAUUCGUACGCUUGCCCGGAAUUCGAAAGAUUUUGACGAAAAAGAAAUCACCCAGAUGAUCACUCAGAUCUACGGGGAUGGCGAGCGGUUGGCCACGACGCGGGACGGCAUCGCCCGGCAGUACAUACAAAUGGCCUCCGACAUCAUUUCGAACCACGCCUGCUGGCGAUUCAUCAACUACUAUCAAAAGCGAAACGUCGAGACGUACGCGUACUCCUUCGAACACACCAGCCAUCGUGUCUACGGCCUCUUCGGACUGCUGCUCCCCUUUCAUGGCGCCUCUCAUGGCUCGGAAAUCGCCUAUUUCCUCGACUUCAACCUGUUCCACUCGCCGCUGGGCCGCGACAAAAAUGAUCUGAAAAUGGCCGAGCUGACCGCCGACUAUUUUGUGUCGUUCAUUCGCACUGGGGACCCGAACAACCACGGAAAACCGGCGCUACCCGAUUGGCCGGUGGUUGGGGCCGGAGAAGUGGCCGCUGACAAAAUAUUCGCCAUGGCACUGCAACCGAAAGUCAGAUUCGAGGCGUGGGGCUCCCGUAUGCGUCAAUUGGAUCUGAUCAUCGAGCGUGUCCUCUGGGUGCACGAGCUCAACUCCUCCUCCAAGCGCACCCAUCAGGCGGCGAAAGACGACCCGGAUCCGGUGGCCCGAUCGGAGAGCCGCACGCAGAGGAGCCCGAGCCCCGACUCGCACAACUCCGUCACCCAGGCGUCGCCCAGCCCAAAAUCGAGCCGCAACCUGAGCACGAUCCCGCGCGUCAGCUUCGCCGAGGAUCUGUCGUCGGCCCGUGAGGGCCCAUCGUCGAGCCCGGACCGCACGCGUUCCGAGGACAGAAAAUCCGAUCCCACUUUGUGCCCGUUAAAAAUUAACUCAUUCAACUCGAUGCCCUCCAUACUACUGCUUCUACUUCCGGCCGAAGAAGCCGACUCACCCAAGAAUUACCAUACCACCUUGCGCGGCGUACGCGUUGCCUGCCGUUUGCGCGGAAAAUUCCACAAACAAUCCAUCAAGUUCCCUUCC